AUGGCAAAUACAGCUCAGUGCUACUAUUGCUUUGAGGUUCUCUCCGCCUCCUUCGAGGGCCGCAAGCCCGGCAGCCUGCACGCUAUAGAAGCCCUCUGGGAACAGCACGAGCAAGCUAAGAAACUCGCUGUUCUCAAGGCCGAAGAGCAGAAGCAGACGCCCGUAGUUGAAGAGGAUGACGAGGAUGACGAGGAGGAAGAGGAUGGUGCUGAUGAUGGUGGCCCGAAGAGUCGGCCCAAGGCGCUCAAACUCCCCAGCGUCAGUCGUCUGCGCAACCAGAUCCCAUCCGACUCAUCGUCCAGCGCUGCGACAACACCGUCUAUCACCUCCAACACGUCAUCCAACAACUCCUUGCUAUCAAACUCUACGAAUGUGACAACCCCCCUAUCCGUGGAGCGCCGAUAUCCGCUGUUCGUAACGUGGAACACGCUCUCGACCCGGUUUCCAGGACAGCGGUCUCUGCGCGGCUGCAUCGGGACAUUCGAGGCGCAGGAUCUAGCGGCGGGCCUCAAAUCUUACUCCCUGACCUCUGCAUUUGACGACACCCGCUUCUCACCAAUCACACAAUCCCUCCUCCCCUCGCUAUCAUGCCACCUCACCCUCCUAGGCUCGUUUGAGCCCUGCGCGCACGCAAUGGACUGGACACUCGGCACGCACGGGCUGCGCAUCUCCUUCGUCCACCGCGGCCGGCGCUACGGCGCGACUUAUCUCCCCGACGUGCCCGUUGAGCAAGGGUGGACGAAAGAAGAGACAGUUGAGAGCCUGAUGCGUAAAGCGGGCUGGGACGGCCCCGGCGCCGGUGGGGGUGGUGUUGCGAGGAGACUUCUUCGUGGGACCACCGGCGCCAGCUCUACUGCUACGAACAAACCCUGGGAUCAGGUCUCGGAGUUUCGGACGGUUAGGUACCAGGGUCUUGGGGCUACUGCUGACUAUGCGGAGUGGCAGGAGUGGAGGAAGUGGGUUUCAUCGCUUGAGGGUGGGUUGGAUAGGUUGGAGAUGGCUAGAUGA